CUGAUCGAGAAUGGCUCUGCAGCCACUUGAUGGCUGUGUGUCUGUUUCGUGGAUUCGGAACCACCCAGGACCAGACGAAAGCAGCCGGUAUCUUUGAGCAGCUCGCCAGCGAAGGUCACAGCGACAGCCAGGUGUGGAUCGGAUACUGCCACUAUGGCUGGGGAGUAUCGCAGGAUCCUUCGAAGACAUUCGAGUGGUUCAGAAAAUCGGCUAGUCGGGGCAAUUCAAAUGGACAGUGGAUGAUUGGCCAGUGCUACUAUUAUGGAUAUGGAGUCGCCAAGGAUUAUACAAAGGCAGUCGAGUGGUAUCGCAAGUCGGCCGAGCAGAGCAAUCGGAUCGGACAGGAUAAUCUUGGUACCUGCUAUCAAAAUGGGUAUGGUGUCCCCAAGAGCAUCGACACCGCCAUCUUCUGGUAUCGCAAGUCCGCCGAGAAUGGAUAUAAUCCGGCCAUCAACAGACUCAGGUAUCUCGGCAAGUGGCCUUGAUCCUCGAGUUCCGCCCGAGUGCCACUCUCCAUGAUCAAGCCGCAAGACUGAACACAUGCAAGCAGCCAGCAUACUGCACCCCACACCCAUCGCAAGUGAUGUCGCUCGACGCCAGCCAAUUUGGCAUCCCGCAACCUCGAGGAGAUCCUACAUUCAGGCACAGGUGGCCUGGCCGAGUGGAUCUCCGAGUGGAUCU